UUGUGAAAAAGAAAAAAAUGCCCUUGUUGAUGCGGAACUUGACUGGUUGAAUAUUACGUUCAUGUUUUAAAUACAGUGUGUUUACUAGUAAGCUUUUGAGCAGUUUCAUGACCUGUUUGGUCUUUAAUCAUCUACUUCUAGCUGUUAAAAAGAAAGAUAUAUAGUUCCUCAGGGGAUCAUUCAGGGUUUUAUCAUAGCAGUCGAAACUUUGCCAAAUAUAUGCUGUUUUGGCGUUAAAACCCUGAAGGAGUGUAUCGAUCAUCCUCACUUGGGUUUUCGCAUUGAUCCAUUGGGUCAUCUUGUCAGAAGUUAGAUCCGUAUACGAAAAUGACUUUCUGGGGGAUCGAGUUAAAAAAAGGAACAUCUGUGAUUUACGAUCCGAGGUUUAACAAAGUAAAAGGAAAAUUACGUGUUACAAAGGCUUGUUUUGGGGUUGGUACUAUUACAUCUAGGUGUCUUGUAGAGUGCCGUCUUAGAGGUCAAAUUCCGAUAGUUUUAUGCUGUCUAGAUAUGCCUGGUGCUGGUCGAAGUAACAUGUGCUCUCUGGAUAUUGAGUUCGGAUUGGACGAUGGGGAAGUCCAAUUUUCAAUUAAUGAUGAUUGUGGCAAUUUCAACGAGUCAAACAGCGUUUUUCUAUCUGGUUACAUUGUUGAAAAAUGAAGUUGCACCCACCACUACUAGGAAGAAGUUACAGUUUUAUGGAGAUGUUUAUUUUAUCAUGUUUUGGAAUGUAUGUUGUUGAGUUUGACUUUGAUACUUGUACCGCUAAUAAAAUGUGUGAGCUAUGUCCAAUGUUUAACUUUGUUUGUCUGGCUAUUCCAGUGUUGCCCUUAAUUAUCGC